AUGACAUUAAACAACGUCACUCAGCUUUCCAUCCCCCUCCCACACUCCCUCGACACCCGCAUCCACAUCCACCUCACCGUCAAGGCCAAAGCCGCCACCCUCUUCCUCACCUCCACAACGCAAGAUGAGCCCUCAUCGACAGCAUCACUAGGCUCCUUCGUCUACGCCCUCCCCAACAGACUUGAUCCCGCGCAGCCCCUCUCGACAGACAUCUACUCGGUGGAGUCGACGCUCGAGUUCACCACGCGGAUGGCCAAGCUGCUCGCCAAGCGGGCCGACAUGCCCGUCUACGUCGGCUGCUCGAUGAACCUGGGCGGCAACGCCAUGGCGCUGUCGGUCGAGGAGGAGAUGGUGGCGUUCCGCGCGGUCGUGGACGUCGUCAUGGCGAGGCUCAAGGGGCAGGCGGCCGUCGUCAACGGCGGUCCCUGA